GGAUUGUUUUGUUUAUUUCAAAUCCAAUAUUAGAUAAACUAAAUAUAUAUGCCACUAUUUACUCGAUCUGUUCUUAAUACCGACAAAUUAAUAGAAAUCUAAACGAAGGAAUUCCAUAGACAAAAAAUGGAUGGAUUCGAUUUAUUUAGGCAGUUAACCAGAGGGGCAAAAUUUAAGAGGAGAAGACCGGCACAAUCACCUGAGGAAGAGAUUUCAAAAAAGAAACUAAAACUUGAAGAAGAUCUUCUCGUACCAAACGAGGAUAAUAACCAGCUAAAAAAUGCCAUAUCGGAGCGCACACAUUCUGAUGAAGAUGAAUAUUCAAAUUCAUUUGAAUUUAUUUCAGGCGUGCCAGAUUCCCAAGCGAAAAUGAAAAAAAAGAAAAAGAAAGUUGCAAAGCUUACUGACGCAGAACGGGAAAAGCAAUUAGAAGAAAAAAUGGUUGAAAGUUUGCGUAAAGAAAAUCAGAUAACCGUCUUAGGUAAAAAUAUACCACCGCCAUUUACUACUUUCGAGGAAUUGCAUACCACGUACAACGUUAGUAAAAAUUUAGUUAGAAAUUUAAUGAACUGCAAUUAUUCUCAACCGACACCUAUUCAAAUGCAAGCCAUAACCAUAAUGCUGAAAGGACGGUCUUUAAUGGCUUGUGCGCCAACGGGCUCCGGCAAGACAAUUGCAUUUUUGACUCCUAUUAUUAAUGAUUUGAAAGUUCCCAAAAAAAUUGGUUUUCGAGCUUUGAUAUUAGCGCCCACUCGUGAAUUGGCUCAGCAAAUCUACCGAGAGUGCGUGCGCUUGUGCGAGAAAACAUCUUUGAAAAUAUACAUUAUUGGGAAACUUAAUCAAAGUAAACCUAUUGAAAGUGAAUUAAGAAAGUUCGAUAUUUUGAUUUCAACACCAAAUCGAGUGCGAUUUUUGUUACAACAAGAGCCACCAUUAUUGGAUCUUAAAAGCGUGGAAUGGUUUGUUUUAGAUGAAGCAGAUCGUUUAAUGGAAGAAGGUAAAAAUAAUUUCAAAGAACAGCUUGAUGACAUUCUGGCUGCAUGCUCUAAAUCCAAUAAGAAAAUGGCUUUAUUCAGCGCCACGUAUACGGUAGCUGUAGCGAAAUGGGCAAUAAAAAAUUUGAAAAAUUUAGCUCGCGUUAAUAUUGGUGUACAAAACGCUGCAACUGAAAACGUGAAACAAGAAUUGCUCUUUGUUGGUUCCGAAAGUGGUAAAUUAUUAGCAGUUCGCGAUUUGGUGCGCUCUGGUCUAAAGCCUCCUGUACUCAUUUUCGUACAAAGCAAGGAACGGGCUAAACAACUUUUUGAAGAACUUUUAUAUGAUGGCAUUAAUGUGGAUAUUAUUCAUGCAGAUCGCACCCAACAGCAACGGGAUAAUUGCGUACGAGCUUUUAGAGAAGGUCAUAUAUGGAUUUUAAUAUGUACCGAAUUAAUGAGUCGUGGCAUCGAUUUUAAAGGUGUUAACCUGGUCAUAAAUUACGAUUUCCCACCAUCGACCAUUUCAUAUGUACAUCGGAUCGGUCGUACAGGUCGUGCCGGCAGAAUCGGCAAGGCAAUCACAUUCUUCACACAAGAUGAUAAGGCGCAAAUAAGAAGUAUUGCGGAAAUUAUUAAAAAUUCUGGAGGCAAGGUACCCGAAUUUAUGCUAAAUAUGAAAAAAGCGAGUAAAUCGGAAAGAAAGAAACUGGCCAAUUUCGCUCCAAAGCGUGAAGAUAUUUCUACUAAAAUUAAACCUGAAGUAGCAAAGAGCGAGGAGACAAAGGUUCUUAAAAAUACGAAAAACUCAUCAACUCCACAAGAACACACAAGUAAAGUAAACAAAGGUGAAAAGUUAAAAAAAUUGAAGAGA